AUGGCCAGACUCAAUACAGCCAACCCUUUGGUAAACAGCACCCCCCAGAGGGGAAGAGGGGUGCUGAAAAGUACACCACGUACCUCCCAAACAUUGGAUGGUAGUAUACCCUCCAAAGAGCCAUGUUCUUAUCUCAAGAAGUCCCCGAUCAAGCACACCGUCACAACCUCAGCACAAAACCAACCCCGACGACAGAUGGCGAGAUCUAGUACCUUGUUCGAUAUAUUGCCAGACAGCGAGUCGACAUCAGAAAGCGAAAUUGGCCAUCGCAAGCCCACCGGAAAGCAGGCACGGACACGGACACUAGGACUCGCGCGUGUGAAUUCUUUAUUACUGCCGACAAAGCAGAGACCAAGGCCUGCUUUCAGGGAAAAUGCAGACUAUGACAAGGAAAAUGAUGUACCAGAACAUACCACAGAUGGCUUUCGCACACCGGAUUCAAUACCGUCCAGACAAACACCACCCAGAGAGAACACCCCCAGAAGAAGCAGAACUGGAGAUAGUGCCACAAGACACCCCACAGCCGACGACCGAGAAGAAGAGAUUGAGGAUCAAGGGCUUGACGAUAGCUUUGAUUCAAUUGACGAUUUCAUUGUCAGUGACAAUGAAGAGCUCAGCUCUCACGAGGCAUCUGAUCAUGAGACGCCAAACACCGAGGACGAGCCCACCCCAGCCGCCUCUCCUAUAAGAUCACCCAGAAAGAGACUUUUGCGCGGAAGGAAGCCAGCCGCUGAGACGGAGCCGAGAGUUUUGGCACAUGAGAAGCCAUCAAUGGAGACGACUGAUUCAGAGUUGGAGCUCGACAAUACCACUUGUAAACCGACGAGGACUACCCCCGAUUGUGAGGACUGCGCACCAAGUCCUAUAUUUGGCCUCCACCCCGAGCCUUUGGUAUACGAAGCAGAUAAUACCAAGCACCGAGACGACUCAACACGUGCGCCUAAGUCUCGACUUCACAACUCCAACGACCUCAUCAAACACCUGGAGAACCUUGAAUUAAGUUCGGAAUCAGAGGAUGAACCUCCACCAACACUCAAGCCAGGCCACAAAGACUCGCCACCGCUCACACCAUCAACGACGCGGAUCAAAGACACUCCCCCCACAACUAUAAGAGCCCAAAAGAAAGCCGAGGCGGCGCGGAAGCGCGAGAUUCUCGGCUUCGCAGAAGAAUUCCUUCAGCACCUGGACAAUGCUUUCGACGGCCGUAUUACCAACAUGACCAAAGACACUGGUGGCAUCAAACUUAUCUGGACCAAAAACUUCAGGAAUACCGCUGGUCGGGCAACUGUCCGUUCAGAACGAGUCUUCACUGGGAAAGGCGGCGUGGAAGAUCCAGGACGGCGGCGCUACGAUGCCACCAUUGAGCUUUCCGAGAAAGUCUUGGACACAGAGGACAAGAUCCUCUGUACCCUGACACAUGAGUACUGCCACUUGCUCGACAUCCUGAUUACAGAGAACAGGGGCAAGGGCGCGGCGCAACACGGUGCUAGUUUCAAGCAAUGGGGUGCUCGUUGCACUCGAGCAUUGGAUGGCCACCCUAUCUAUGGUGGCCGCGUGGAAGUUACGACCAAACAUACUUACGAGAUCAAUCACAAGUACCUUUGGGCCUGUGUGGUACUGGGGUGCCCCUUCGAGGUGGGUCGACACUCAAAGAGUGUUGAUCCGGUCCGUCAUCGAUGUGGCCGCUGCAGAGGCUAUCUCAAACAGAUUAAGCCGGUGCCUCGCGCUGCACCAAAGAAGAAAUACGAGAAGGUGGUAAUCAAUUUGGAAGAUGAUUGA